AUGCGUCGACAGCUUUGUGCAAGGCCGGUCGUGCCGGGGAUGAGUUCGGAUGGACCCCUUGCCGAUGGUUCGCCAUCUCCCCGCAAAAUCUCAAGCUCUCGAGCGCCUUCGGUUCACAGGUGCCAUGGAAGGUGUAAAUCCUGGUCAAGCCAAACCCUAAACACCCUAAGCCCUAAACUCUUUCUGACUGUCAGACUUCAAUCUUCAUGCCCUCGAACUUCUAUCGCCCCGAUGGAUCCCAGGAUUUGCUCUUCCAACUGCGGACGCGCGCGCACGCGGCGUUCAUGCGCAGAUGCACACUUAAACGACUUAAACUUGAGGCUUUCGAGCUGCCCAGCUUCAGGGCGUCAGUGGCAGUUGCAGAGAUCGGUCGACUUCAACCGCAAGCUGUCAGAACUUGGGCGGGCCAAGUGGAGGCAGGUCCUGGAAGGUUUUCUAGGUCUGCGUGGGAAAGGCAUCCUAGUAGAUCAGAUUGGCUUCACCAUUGUGGCCACGGCCAUGGGACAGAAGAGAUGGCAGCGGUCAUGUCUCCUUCUGAAGGAAGCCCAGGACCGACUUCUAGAAGUGAACACCAUAAAUGUUGGAGCAGUUUUAGGGGCCUGCGAGAAGAGCAGUCGAUGGACUACAACUGUCUGCCUUUUGGGUGCCAUGCACUUGAACUUACUGGAGUCGAGCCUUAUUACGGGUAACUCCGUCAUCAACGCCUGCGGGGGGGCUAGUCGGUGGUUGGAGGCGCUGAGCAUGAUGCGGUGCAUGCAGAUCCAGGUACUUGAGCCAGACCAUGUGUCUGGCAGUGCCAUGACUGCGGCCCUCGACACAUUGGAUUCGGGUCGCUGUUGGGAGAUUGCCUUGCGGUUAUUGCAGGGGUGCCGAGAGGGGCAGACCAAGCUGGAUGUGGUUGCUUGGACGUCGCUCAGCAGUGUGUGCGGGAGAGAGGGUAGGCAGUGGAAGAGAUGUUUGGAGACGUUGGCCUACAUGACACGGUUGAAGUGUCUCCCAAACGCAGUCAGCUAUCGAGUUGGCUAUCUCGCCUGCGAGUCAGCAGAGGAGCUUCCUCUCGGGCAUUUGCUCCUGAAACGGUGCCUCCGAAGCCAGGCCGACGCCAGCCGCAUGGAUCCCGCCUUUACUCUUUGGGCCCUGGCAAAGCUCAGCGUGCACUGCGGUUUGGAUCCUCAAGGGAUUCACAGAAAGUGUCUGCAAGCUCUGAGAUUCCUUUCGGUCAAGGGCGCCGCGCCCACCUCCCAAGUGACUGCAGUUUGCUGGGCCGCAAGCGCCCUCGGAGCCGUAGGCAAGAGCCUGGAGCAGAAAUUAGGCAGAAUCGUAAUGUCCAGGCUUCACGACUUCGCAAUGGAGGAGUUGAUGCUGGUCGCGUGGGGCUUCGUUGGCUGGCCGUCUGCUGACAUUCUGCAUGGUAUCCAGCAGGAAGCAUGUAGACGCCUGCGGCCAUUAAAGGACAAGUCAGAGGUUGCAGAGGUGAAGCUUGAAGAGGUGCUUGGCUUGGUUGGGGCCUGCGCGCUGGCAGGCAGCCUCGAGGCACCUCUUCGGACGCUUGCCGCCGGUAUCGUCCGUGAGUCGGGCAGGCAUCUGGAUGCCCUUCACACCAGGAGACUUCUGCCGCUUAGUGACAGCAGCUCGCAUGCUCCGUCGAAGGACUGUCCCCUGUCCCUGCAGCAGCAUGACGACCGUACGGACUAUGAGCCUGUCUGCAAACUGGAUGUCGGAGGUCUGGCCGUCGUCUACAAACCACCUGGGUGGGAGGUACAUGACCUGCACGAAGCGUUUCAGCUACACGCGUGGUUCCAGAGACACCACUUGCAUCUGCCCAUACUCCACGACUCUCACCGAGACUUUGGCUUCUUGCACCGACUGGACGUGCCCAGCUCUGGACUGCUUCUGGUGGCGAAGACUUUCGAGGCCUUCCAGGAGAUGCAGUUCCAGCUUGCUAUGGGUGAGUUAGCACGGGCGUAUGCAGUGCUUUGCCAUGGCUGGCUACCCAAGGCAGUGGUGGAAUUCAAUACGCAGCUAAGGUUGGAGGGCCAGGUGUCCUUAUCUGGCCGUGGCAAGCCCUGCCGCACAUUGCUGCAUUCACGCCGGCACCUCUCCUUCAACGGUUCACGCGCUUUAAGCUUGGUGAAUGUUACGAUUGCUACGGGCCGCAUGCACCAGAUCCGCUGCCACUUCGCGCAUGCUGGAGCUCCGACCGUUUCGGAUGGGAAGUAUACCAGUGAAUCCACGUUUGGAGAGGACUUACACUGGUGCAUGCGAAACUUCCUACACCGCCACAGAAUGAGCUUUCGUGAUCUUGCUGGCAGGGCGUGUGUAGUUACAGCUCCCCUUGCAAAAGAUCUUCAAGAUGUGCUGGAAAGCAUGGCUGUUGCAGAUAAAAUCGGGGAGGGAGGGGUUUGCUUAUAG